AUGAAACAAUCGAGGGAACAAAGUAUGGAUUACAAGUUGUAUGUAUCGCUCGCAGCAUUAGAAAGCAACAAAAAUCUAGUUUGCGCAACAAGCUUUUUAAAAAAAUCUUUAGACCACAGAUCACUAACGUUACCGUCACCAAACAGGUGCCUUGAAGUCCCGUUCGAAAAUGGAAAGCAAGCAGAAAUAGCAAGGGAAGUUCUUCAUCAUGAUCCAGUCCUCAGGCCUGAAGACUUCAGAGUAGAUUAUACCAUACAACACGAAAAGCUGCUGGUGAAUUUUAACAGCAUCGAUGCCCGUUCCCUGCGUGUCGGUGUCAGCAGUGUCAUCGAAUCCAUCAAGACUGUAGUCGAAACAAUGGACGAAUUCUCGCUCUAA